GCGCGGUGACAGCCCCGAGUGUGCCCGGGCUGCCCCGGGGGCGGGUGGCAGUGCCCGGGGCACGGCAGGGACCGGGGCAGUCCCAGCAGCAGCGCUUCCCCCCGGGAGGGCAGCGGCGAGGGGCUGGGGGUGCGGGAUGGCAGCGAAGGGGUGAUGGAGGGCACGGGGGGACUCCCGGUGCUCCCGCAUCCUCGGCUGCCACGCUGAUGCCGGGGUCGGCGCCGAGCACCCCGGGCGGGCGGUGAUGGUCCCGUGCCUCCCGAGUGGGACCCGUGUCCGGUUGGGACCCGUGUGCGGCUCUUCCCUUUGGAGCAGUGCAGCCCCCGCCGCAGCGAUGGAGCCCCGGUGCCCGCCCUGGCAGCAGCUGUGCCCGCGGCCGUGCCGCCUCCUGCUCCACGCCCUGAGCUCGGGCCCGGCCGGGGCCGUGGCCGCUCUGCGGGCGCUGCAGCGGGGCCAGCCCCAGCAGGGCCCGGGGCAGCCAUUCCCCUGGCAGGCUCUCACCGCAGCCCUGUGCGCCCAGGAGCCCUCGCUGGAGGGGACAAAGGACACCCUGGCUGUCAAGCCACGGCUGCUGCUGCUGCCCGUUUUGUGCCAGAGGAACCUCUUCUCCCUGCUCCUCGUGGUGCAGGAUGCAGUGCCACGGGACUGCCUUCACCAGCUGCUCCAGGCCUUGGAGCAGGAUUCCCAUGUGGAUCCCUGGGUGCAGACUCUGGGGGAUCUGCUCCAGCAGAGACCAAGGGCAGAGGAGGGCUCUCCACGUCCCACUGCCCUGUCUGCUGUGUGCCAGCAGCAGCUCAGGGGCCUGUGCCAGAAAAUUGCCCAGAAGAAACCAGAGGGACAAAGAAGAUUGAACUGGUGCUUCAGCAAACAGCCUGGUGCCCCUGACUCUGUGCCUCAAGGUGGGAAGCGUAAGAAAGUGUCGGAGGAGAGCCUGGAGUCGGACAGUGAGAGAGAGGGGAAGAGGUUGCUGCUGCAGGAGGUGGCAUUUGAGCCCCUGGGGCCCCAGGAAUGUGGAGAUGUGGCAGAGGUGGAAGAGGAGGUGCCUGAGGAGCCUUCAGGGGACACAUCUGCUCAGAGCACAGAUAAGGCUGCUCAGGACAGCCCCCAGCAGGAUGGGGAGCUCAGGAAGAUUUCCCAGACAGAGCUGGCAACAGAGGUCCAGUCCUUUGUCCAGGUGCACGGACAGGGGCUGAAAGUGCUGCUGCUGCAGGAGUCCAAUCACUCCGAGCUGCACGUCCCCCCCAAGCUGAGCAUCCUGAACAGCUGCACCCCCAGCCAGCUCGAGGGGCUGUGCUCCUUCCUGCAGCUCUCCACGUGCCCAGAGCCCCUCCUGAUGCGUUUCUGCAGCUGGCUGCUGGCUCUGAGCCCCGACCUCAGCCACAGCAGUGCAGCCAUCCUGGCAGAGCAGCUCUUCCUCAGGCGAGUCCUGUCCCUCUCCCAGCCGCCUUCCCGACACCUCAUGGCUGCCCUGACUGCGUUUUGCUCCAAGUAUUCCCAUCCCUUGUGCCGUGUGCUGGUGGCUGCGGCGCUGCAGGAGCCAGGGGAAGGUGCUGAGCAGACCAAGCUGAUGUGUGAGCUCGUGGAGGAGUGCCUGGAGCCCCACUCUGUGCAGCUGCUGCUGAGCCACGUCCUGGAGGUGCCUUUGUCAGAGAAACUCCUGCCAGUACUGCAGGCCGUGCUGGGCCGGCAGGAGGUGCUGCCCGCUGAGCUCUUGGAUCUGCUGGUCCUGACUCUGUGCCAGCAGGCUCCAGCCUUCUCCACGUCACUCAACUUCGCCAAGCUGGUGACAGCCGUGCUCACGGUGUACCAGAGCCAGGUCAGCCCAGCUCACAGGAGCAGUCUGGCUGCUGUCCUGGACCGGAGCACGGCGGUGCUGAAGAAAUCCCUGCAGGCUGUGCUGGGAGGGGCCAGGUGACCACCCGAAGGAAUCGUGAGGGGGGAGCUGCCCGGCGUGGAGGACACUCCUUGCACAGCUGCACCCUCAGUGGAUGAGGUGGGACCCUGUGAGGGGGGUCUGUUCCCCCCCAGGGCCUCCUGGCAGCACCUGGCAUGAGGGGGCUCCUGCUGGCAGUGCCAUCCCAGCCCCCCACGCUCCCUGGGGCUCGGAGGGGUCUUGGUUGAACAAUUCAUGUGUUUCCAGGUGGACAAUUCAUGUGUUUCCAGGUGAACAAUUCAUGUGUUUUCAUGUGUUUCCAAAUGGACAAUUCAUGUGUUUUCAGGUGAACAAUUCAUGUGUUUCCAGGUGGACAAUUCAUGUGUUUUCAGGUGAACAAUUCAUGUGUUUCCAGGUGGACAAUUCAUGUGUUUCCAGGUGUUUCUGUGUGUUUUCCCUCGGGCCUGCCACACUCUACGAGGUGACCUGGCCCUCCUGUGCUGGGGGCCAGGCAGGACACAGCCCAUGGGGAACUUCCAGGUGCUCAGUUUUUACUGCCCAAAACCCUCACUGAACCAGGACAGACAUUGAUUUGAGGCUGCAUGAAGAUGAUAAUUCUGGAUUUAGUUCACCAUCUUGAUUUGACCUCAGCUCAUUCCAAGGCACGAGCUCCGUGCACGUCCACAUUCCUGCUCCCAGUGGUGCAGGCUGGGCUGCUGCUUUGUGCAUCUGAUCUGCUGGGAUUUACAGACCUCUGGGUGCAGGAGAGUGGGAUUUAACUGAAUGCCAGCUGAAUUUAGCUGGGAAAUUUGAGUGUUCUGCUUUAAAUCCACCUUUCUUUCCUGUUUGCCUGGCCCGUGAGGGGCUGUGCUGUGUGUGACACAUUUCUGGUGAUGGUGGCAGUACUCGUGGCCCUCAUAGUGCUUGUGUGGCAUGACUGCUCAAAGUUCUGUCCUGUAUUCUUGAAAGUACCCACUGGAAACCUCAUCUAGGCACCUCCUGGUCUGAGAACUGGGAAGAAAAGGUUGGGACAGAGUGGAGACUCAGGCAGGCAGAGCUGGGGUUUCAGAGGAGGUUUUGAAGCAUUGCAUAUUUCAGGAGCUAUUUAAAAAUCCAUAAACAUCUACAAAGGGAGAAGGAGAAUUACAACAUGCAGAUGUGACUGCUCCAGGUUUGCUCAAUUUAAAUCCCAUCCAGAGGAAGGAAACUCUGAAGCAUUAGGUGACACUCUUAAGGCUGAGAGCCAGGUUUCUUUAUGUAAGAAUCUCUUAAGCUAUUUUAGGUGACAGUGGACUGAUGAGGCUUCAAAGUCCGCAUUAGCUGGAGGAUGGAAACCUCCAGGGGGCCAGAUUGUUGAUGUGUUUGCAUUCCAGUGAGUUAGUGGCUGAGUAAAGUGAAGCUAUUGUAGGGCUGCCCAAAAUACGACAUAAAUAGAAAUUGUGCCACGAUCAUCAAGGUCUGAGCCUGCUCUUCUGGCUUUAUUAGGUAGCAGGCUCUGAUCUUUGCAGCUUCCCUGCAGAGCUUCUACCGAGUGACCUCGGUGUCAUUGUCCCCAGUGCUCUGCCUGGCUGCUGGUCACAUGGAGAUGGCCACUGCCUUGUGGCAAGAGCCUUCUUAGCCCUGGGUUUGCUCUUGGCUGCAGCUUAUCGUGUGCUGUGGGUUCCUCUGAGGUGCUCAUGC